AUGAGGAGGAGACUUCAGCUGUCGGCGCAUUGAAAACACAGGCGCUCUUCGAAAAACAGAAGACGAUUAUCUGCCGGGAACGACACGUGAUGGAUUUAUUUCACUUUUUCGCCGCUGUCGAGGUGACUGCGAGCUGACGGAAAGCAAAUUCAGCCCUUCCUCUCCCUCCUCCCUUUCCUGAUCUCUCGUCCUCAUUGGCUGUUGUCCCCAGAGGGUGUACAUAAGUAUGGGAUAAAAGUGCUAAGGAGACACCAAGAGAGCAAGAGCUGAGGAGCCCCACUCACCUGCACAGGUGUUGACCGGCGCAGGAAUCUGUCAUGGCGCUGCUACCAAAGAAGAAGUUUAAGGUUGUGGUGUCCGUGGCGAUGGUCAACCUAUUUCUGUUCAUCAUCAUCUCACGGAGCAUCAGCCAAGACAAAGGCGAGCAUCAUAAGGUCCACGUCCCUUCCAAACCCUUCUGGACCAAACUGGCUCCCAGCUUGUCCUACUGGAACCGUCAGCAGCAGAUUCUGGACUUUCACAAUAAUCACAUCUUCAUGACAAACCACAGCCGCACAGACUUCCCUGAGUGGCUCAACGACACCAGUUUGACAUCCUACCCCUGUCAGCCUAACCUCAGGGUUACCACUCAGGUGAAAGAUUAUAACUCCCUGCCAGGCCGCUUUAAGGACUUCCUGCUUUACAUGCACUGCCGCUCCUACCCAAUCAUGACGGACCAGCCGGAUAUCUGUAAGGAACCACCUUUCCUGCUCCUGGCUGUCAAAUCCCUGGUGCCUCACUUUGACCGCCGCCAGGCCAUCCGACAGUCCUGGGGACGAGCAGGCGUAAUAGCUAAUCGGACGGUGGUUACCAUUUUCCUCCUCGGUAACGCCACCGCCGGAGACCACCACCCAGAUCUGUCUUCUAUGCUGCGUUUUGAGAACGCCCACCAUAAAGACAUCAUCCAGUGGGAUUUCCGGGAUUCGUUUUUCAACUUGACCGUCAAAGAAGUGCUUUUUCUGGAGUGGAUCCAGGCACGUUGCUCCGGAGCCCGCUUCAUCUUCAAAGGCGACGACGACGUCUUUGUCAACACGUUCCGCAUCCUGGACUUUCUCAAGGGACUCUCAGGGUCCAAAGCCAGUGACCUGUUUGUGGGUGAUGUGAUCACGAACGCAGGGCCCCACCGAGACAAGCGGGUCAAAUACUUUAUCCCAGAGAGCAUGUACAUCGGGAUGUACCCGCCAUACGCAGGAGGAGGCGGGUAUCUUUAUUCCGGUGACGUUGCCGCUCGCCUGCACAAUGUGUCUCGACACGUAGCACUCUACCCAAUAGAUGAUGUCUACACGGGUAUGUGUCUUCGUAAGUUGGGGCUGGCCCCCGAAAAGCACAAAGGCUUCAGGACCUUUAACAUAGAGGAGAAGUACAGGUCGAACCCCUGUGCCUAUAAGAGCUUAAUGCUGGUUCACCCAAGGACCCCGCAGGAGAUGAUCCAGAUCUGGGCCUGGCUCAGUGGACCCAACCUGACCUGCCAGUGACGGCAGUCAAUCUGAAAACAUUUCAAGGUUGAUCGCAAAAGGCCAGCAGGGCAAAUAUUUUAACUUGAACAGGUUGUAAACCUAAAAGUUGGCAGCUUUAAGUUAAGAUAUUAAUAGUUCGGUCACACAGAGCCUCCACGUGUUGGGCAGUAGCCGGAAAAAGGAGGAGAGGCGCAACAGGACUAAUUUUUGUUUCUUGGUUUUGUUUUCCACAUUUAUUAUUUUGACUUAUGUCCACAGGUGAGCUAACCCUGCUCUGCUGUUGGACAAGCUUCACCCAAAGCAAAUGUCUUUGAGUUCAUAUAUUUAUAUCACAACUAUUUAUAUGGCCUUUAUAUGCUUUAACAAUGUGUCACCUCCACCAUGAAGUGUCUCAGUGCUGUAUUAAGUAAAUAGGAGACCUAGGAAGUAGUCCACCUGGCACUCGUGGGUCGUUUUUUUUGUCAACCUGCUGGUCAGGUUGUUGAACUGAGUAAAAGCGACUGUUUUCUGAACACAUUCUUCUUAAUGAAAGCGGUGGUUCCCACAUGCGGUGGUUUCUUUAAGAGAGGCCCCGGUGAACACUUCCUGGUAAUCAUAGCUGGAGGCUUAGUUUGUUCUGCUUUUCCAUCCACACUCCUAAAAGUAUUUACUCAUGGCUCUGCAGCUCAGACUCAACCUCCAGAGUUUUUGUUCACACCAGUGUCACUCUCUACUUCCAGUCAGCCACAAUAUUAAAACCACCUUCAUAAAUUUUUUUUCUUUUUUUGAAGCCCAGGUCAUGUUCCCGAUGCCACUUUUGGGGUUUCUCAGGGUGGCUCAUGCUCAGUAGCCCAUUUGUUUAUUGCUGUGGCAGUUCGGAGGGGCGUCUAGCCUCGCUCUCUGCAGCUCAGCCGGUCUGGGCUUGGAGAAAUCCAAAUGCUGGUCUAAUUCUGCUUCAGGUUCAAAGAUGUUUAAAAAAAGAAAUACCAGAAGUGCAUUUCACAGGUGUGUCACUUCAAGCUUUCAGCAUGACGUAUUUGCUAACAGUCUGCCUGCAGCAAGCGCUGAGUUAUGUUAAAUGCUGCUUUACUGUGAGUCCAGAUUCUUUAAAACAGGCUGAAGACGUGUGUGUGUGUGUGUGUGUAUAUACACAAGCUGUCCGUUACUUGAUUAAAGUCUCUCUGGUUGUUGAGGCCUUUUAUUAAGGGAGAGAAACAGUGAUUAAUUUUCGUUACUUCCUCUUGAGGAACGCGUGUGUUGGUGAGUGUGUGUGUGUGUGAGUGUGAACUCAUGUUUUAUUUAAAAGUUAAUGCUUAAGUCACUGCUGUUCAGCUUUAGCACAAAUGCCGUCUUUCAUUCACUUUGAUGGUUGACGUCCUGCACAUAAUUGCAUAGUGUUCCCUUUAAGUGUAAUGUCUGGGAGAUGUAGCAAGUGCUCCCCCUGCUGGUCAGGGUGACAGUGACCCUUUUUUUGCAAGAGCUUUGUAUAAACACACGGGCAAUCAUGUGACCCCCAAACUGUCCAACACUUAAGUUUAUUAUUUAUGUCCUUAGAGCCUCCGCAUCCUUUCUGUCUCUAUUAUGUGACAUUUGGAAAUUAUCCUACAGACAAUUGGACCAAGGUUCUUAUUCCUGUGAACUUCAACAUGUUCAUGUAGGAUAAAACCAACACUAAAGAGGAGAUGAGGACAUGUAGAAAUGUAUUUUAAUGCUUUUAGAGUGUUUAAUAUUUUGUCAACAUGGGUUUUUUGUUUGUUUGGUUUUUGGGUCAUUUUUCAGUUCACUGUGCUCUCUCACUGCUGAUGUACAUGCCGGUAACACUUACACACACUCCUUGCUGCGUAGUUUGUGGCUACCUAAAAGGUUUACAUGUUAUCUGUGAGUUUGAACAGUCAGUAUUUUUGUUGGGGGGGGGGGGUUCUGGUCUGAAUGGCCAACAUGCAUCAACACGCAGUGAAACAUUACUGUUUCCUAACUCAUUUAAAGAAACUCCUCAGAUUAUCCAGAAUGUAACGAGGCUCUUGGCUGUGCCUUCAGUGUGUGUGUGUGCGUGUGUGUGUGCGUGUGUGUGUGUUUUCUAUUUAAUCAGAGUUUUUGUCAGGUAUCCAUUUUCUUUGUAAGCCACCGAGAAUCGUGUUCAAACACUGAUUUAAACGUGGUUUCUUUACCCCUUCGUUAACAUCAGUUUCAGACGCUUCUCACCACCUGCACAAGUCAAAGAUGAUUACCAAAUGUGUGCCUGAUGUUUGUAUGUACUGUAUGUAAUAAUGUCACUCAAACAUUAAGCAUGAUUGCUUUAAAAUUAUUUCAAUAAAGCUAUAUUUUGCUGUUUUUGUA